AGAGACGAGAGGGAAGUGCUCGCCUGGGGUCCUCAUGAGAUGAGUUCCCGAUCUUUUUCUUGGAUGAAAAUAUCCUGAGACGAAAGCGAGGAAAAAUAAUUUAAUCAGGAAAAUGGAGCUACGAUUGAUGUUAAUGGCGGUUCUGCUCUUCAUCUCGUCGGUAGGUACUGGAAUUGGAGAUGGAAUAGGUGAGGAUUACGUCCGGCCCAAGCCCCGGAAAGCCCUAACCUUUCCAUGGAAGCGGAGGCAGUCUUCGGAGCCCCAACAGGUUCACAUUUCUUUGGCUGGGGAAAAACACAUGAGAAUAUCAUGGAUCACUGAUGAUGAAUCUUCUCCUUCUAUUGUUAAAUAUGGAACUUCACCUGGAGAGUAUGCAUAUUCUUCUCAAGGAGAAAGCACAUCCUACAAUUACUUAUUCUAUAGUUCAGGGAAGAUACACCAUGUUGUCAUUGGACCUCUUGAAGAUGGCACAGUUUAUUAUUAUCAGUGUGGAGGACAAGAUCCAGAAUUCUAUCUUAAGACCCCACCCUCUCAAUUUCCAAUAACUUUUGCUGUAGUUGGCGAUCUUGGUCAGACAGGGUGGACAACAACAACUUUAGACCACAUUGCUCAGUGCAAGUAUGAUGUGCAACUUGUUCCAGGGGAUCUCUCAUAUGCUGAUUACCAGCAGCAUCUGUGGGAUUCUUUUGGUGAACUGCUGCAGCCACUUGCUAGUGCUAGACCAUGGAUGGUAACAGAAGGAAAUCAUGAGAAGGAGAAAAUAUUAUUGUUUGAAGCUGGAUUUCAAGCAUAUAAUGCCCGGUGGAAGAUGCCUUAUGCAGAGAGUGGAUCCGCAUCAAACCUGUAUUACUCUUUUGAAGUAGCAGGAGUUCAUGUUAUUAUGCUUGGUUCUUAUACAGAGUAUGAUAAGAACUCAGAUCAGUAUGCCUGGCUUAAGGCUGAUCUUGCUAAGGUAGACAGAGAAAAGACACCAUGGUUGCUCGUGUUAUUGCAUGCACCAUGGUAUAACAGCAACUGGGCUCAUCAAGGUGAAGGGGAUGGCAUGAUGGCUGCAAUCGAACCAUUGCUUUAUGCUGCUGGCGUAGAUAUUCUUCUUGCUGGACAUGUGCAUGCAUAUGAACGUUCGGAACGUGUUUACAAUGGCGGCUUAGACCCUUGCGGAGCUGUACACAUAACGAUUGGAGAUGGAGGUAACAGGGAGGGUCUGGCUCAAAGGUAUCUUCACCCAAAGCCGGAGUGGUCAGCUUUCCGUGAAGCAAGUUUCGGUCAUGGUGAGCUGAAGAUCAUAAAUUCAACCCAUGCUUUUUGGAGUUGGCACAGGAACGAUGAUGAUGAAAUGGUAAAAUCAGAUCGAGUCUGGAUCACCUCAUUAGCAAGUUCUGGAUGCUUUGCCGAUACGAAGCCGGAGCACAGGAGGAUUCUGAUGGCUCCUUAAGUCAGGAACUUGAAGCAAUUCCACCCCAAGGAUCUGCUAUCCCAGAUAAUGUAUAGUCAUAUAAAUAUGAUGUGCCUGGUGUUCUGCAACAUGAUGAGAUGCCUGAGGAAAGGGGUUUCAGCUAACUCAACAAGGAUUAUGUCCCAGAAGCGCUUCCGGCACCAGUAAGUCCUACCAAAUAUCAUUUGUAGUUCCAGCACUAACAUGUACAAAGCCCUUUGACUUGAUGCUGAUGGGAGUAUGAAAUGCAGCAGUAGCGGGGUUGGAGCCUGUACUUGUUUGCAUAAGCUCUAAUUUCUUAGCUAAUGCAAGAACUCUCAGAGUUAGAUGCAGCAGAGAAGAAACUAAAAUAUUGAAAAUAGAAAUUUUGGUUAUCCCAUUGC